AUGUCGACCAAACACGUCUUUCAGUCGGCCGACGGCCUUGUCCUCAGAUCCCUACGCGGGGCAGCUGCUUUGAAUCCGAAUAUACGCCUACAUGAACCAUCAAAAACCGUAUACGUCGUGAACCCUCCUUCGGGAGCACGUGUCGCCCUCGUCGCAGGCGGAGGUGCAGGCCACGAGCCUGCACAUGGCGCAUAUACAGGAGAAGGCAUGCUUGCAGCGGCUGUAUCCGGAGAUAUAUUCGCGAGCCCGAGCGCCUCUCAGAUUCUCACGGCGAUUGAGCUUGCAAUUGCAACAAGUAGGAGAGAGCGUGACUGUCUACCAGAAGUCCUUUUGAUCAUCAACAACUACACCGGUGACCGAUUGAACUUCGGCCUCGCUCUUGAGCGGGCUCGUGCGCGUUACCCAGACUUGAAGAUCGACGCGCUCGUAGUCGCGGAUGAUGUAUCGCUGUUGCAUACGGAUUCCCUCGUGGGUCCUCGCGGGCUCGGAGGAAACAUACUUGUGUGCAAGCUCCUAGGUGCUGCGGGGGCAGCAGGGCAAACCCUUGCCGAAAUUCAAACGCUCGGCAAGGCCGUCGUCGACGCGCUCGCAAGCGUGGGUGUCGGACUCUCCCACUGUCACGUUCCAGGCCGGGCGGUGCCACAAUCCGAAGAAGCCGCUUCGGAAGAGUGCGAGCUCGGCAUGGGGCUUCACAAUGAACCGGGAGCCCGCAAGGCUUCUUUCGAGAGUGCCGACCAACUCAUCGGCGAGAUGCUCGGCAUGCUGCUGCAAUCUCGCGAGAAUGGCCUCGUGGCCAUCGCGAAGCGCCCGGAGGAAACGGAGGAGACCGUGCUAUUUGUGAAUAACCUCGGCGGCAUCUCGCAGUUGGAACUGGGUGCUGUCGUUGAUGAGGCUCUUGUGCAGUUACGUGCAAUUGGUAUACGUCCACGCAGAGUAUAUGCGUCGCCCUACAUGACUUCGCUCAAUGCACCGGGGUUCUCCCUGUCUCUGCUGAACGUAUCUAGCAUUAAGCGUUCCGUGCCCAGUGUGGAUGUGUGCGCGCUCCUUGACGCACCGACUCAGGCACCGGCAUGGUCAGGCGUCCAAUCCGGGUGGCUACACAACCUUCACGAUGACCGGCGUGAAGAAGCGCUUCUCGCAGAGCUCAGAACGGAACGCGGGGUGGUGGGGUCGAGUCAAAGCGAGCAAGCUCAGGUUAAUGGCGGUUCGUACUGGCGCGAGGCCGAUGUAUCGAUUGCCCGUGUUGAAGCGGCCAUCCGCGGCGCCUGUGAGGGUGUCCUGUCGGCGACCAAUGACAUGACGGACUUCGACACCGUCGUCGGCGAUGGCGAUUGUGGCGAGACCUUCGCUGCCGGAGCUAAAGCGAUUCUUCGAGCUCUCGAAGAUCAAUCAUUAGAAGUUGGUAAGGUGAACCCGCCACAGCUCGCACAGGUCUUCGGGGAGCUCUGCGAGAACAGCAUGGGCGGUACUGCUGGGGCAAUUCUGGCGAUCUUCUUCACCGCCCUUGCAACAACGCUUCCAGCGCAUGCAGGCGACCCGAGUGCAUCGUGGAUUUCGGCGCCUAGUCGUGCUCUUGAAGAGCUUUCGGCUCACACACCGGCGCGGUCGGGAGACCGAACGCUUGUCGAUGCUCUACACCCUUUUAGUAUCACGUUAGGUGAUACUGGGGAUAUCCGAGCCGCGGCGAAGGCAGCGCGUGAAGGCGCUGAGGGCACUCGAGACAUGCGCGCGCGCCUCGGGCGGGCCGCAUACGUUGACGGUACCACGAUGAAAGGACUGCCGCCGGAUCCCGGUGCUUGGGGUAUCGCCGCGCUGGUUGAAGGGCUCUGCAAUGGUUGGGAGGGUGGCGCUUAG